AUGGAACAGGUGAAUGAAGAUUUGAAUGUGAAUGUCAGAACGUCAUUAUACUACAAAUUAAACCAUAUACCAGCACAGAAGUGUGAAAGUCCCCACGACUUGCAGACAAGUCCACACCAUAUACCAGCACCGAAGUGUGAAAGUCCCCACCACUUGCAGACAAGUUCACACCAUAUACCAGCACAGAAGUGUGAAAGUCCCCACCACUUGAAGACAAGUCCACACCAUAUACCAACACAGAAGUGUGAAAGUCCCCACCACUUGAAGACAAGUUCACACCAUAUACAAGCACAGAAGUGUGAAAGUCCCCACCACUUGAAGACAAGUUCACACCAUAUACAAGCACAGAAGUGUGAAAGUCCCCACUACUUGCAGACAAGCCCACACCAUAUACCAGCACAGAAGUGUGAAAGUCCCCACAACUUGCAGACAAGUCCACACCAUAUACCAGCACAGAAGUGUGAAAGUCCCCACUACUUGCAGACAAGUACACACCAUAUACCAGCACAGAAGUGUGAAAGUCCCCACGACUUGCAGACAAGUCCACACCAUAUACCAGCACAGAAGUGUGAAAGUCCCCACCACUUGCAGACAAGUUCACACCAUAUACCAGCACAGAAGUGUGAAAGUCCCCACGACUUGCAGACAAGCCCACAUCAUAUACCAGCACAGAAGUGUGAAAGUCCCCACCACUUGAAGACAAGUUCACACCAUAUACCAACACAGAAGUGUGAAAGUCCCCACCACUUGAAGACAAGUUCACACCAUAUACAAGCACAGAAGUGUGAAAGUCCCCACUACUUGCAGACAAGCCCACACCAUAUACCAGCACAGAAGUGUGAAAGUCCCCACAACUUGCAGACAAGUCCACACCAUAUACAAGCACAGAAGUGUGAAAGUCCCCACUACUUGCAGACAAGCCCACACCAUAUACCAGCACAGAAGUGUGAAAGUCCCCACGACUUGCAGACAAGUCCACACCAUAUACCAGCACAGAAGUGUGAAAGUCCCCACCACUUGCAGACAAGUUCACACCAUAUACAUGUACAAGCACAGAAGUGUGAAAGUCCCCACCAAUUGAAGACAAGUCCACACCAUAUACCAACACAGAAGUGUGAAAGUCUCCACCACUUGAAGACAAGUUCACACCAUAUACCAGCACAGAAGUGUGAAAGUCCCCACCACUUGAAGACAAGUUCACACCAUAUACCAGCACAGAAGUGUGAAAGUCCCCACGACUUGCAGACAAGUCCACACCAUAUACCAGCACAGAAGUGUAAAAGUCCCCACGACUUGCAGACAAGUCCACACCAUAUACCAGCACAGAAGUGUGAAAGUCCCCACCACUUGAAGACAAGUUCACACCAUAUACCAGCACAGAAGUGUGAAAGUCCCCACCACUUGCAGACAAGUCCACUCCAUAUACCAACCCAGAAGUGUGAAAGUCCCCACGACUUGCAGACAAGUUCACACCAUAUACCAGCACAGAAGUGUGAAAGUCCCCACUACUUGAAGACAAGUCCACACCAUAUACCAGAACAGAAGUGUGAAAGUCCCCACAACUUGCAGACAAGUCAACACCAUAUACCAGCACAGAAGAUUGUACUGCAUUUUACCGUUCUCCUUCCGCCAUUUCGGUAA